AUGUUUUUGGUGGAGCAAGGGCGGCUGGAGCCCUUCAGCUGCAAGGCGGUGUUCAAUCCCAAGCUGCGUCCAGCAUCCAACCUGACCUCCGUGUACUGGGAGCGAGAUCCCAGCAUUCCAGGCUAUCGGGCCCUCGUUGAGCGGUACCAUGAAGUUCAAGUGACAGGCUUCGACCCCUCCGGGGCAGAAGUGGACUUUGUGGCCCAGGGCUGGCAAGCCCGGCUCUUUCAGCAGGCAGCAGAUGUGCUGGAGGGCAAGCUUUUCAUCGACCGCUGCAUCAUGAGAUCCCUGUGUCAUCUGGAUGCGCGCAAUGAUCCGCUGCCGACGGACUGCCCACCACUUGGCAUCACGUCAACGCGUGGCAGGCCGCCUCUGACAGAAGCCGAAGAAGAGGCCGCAUUAGCUGGUGGCAGCCGCGGUUUGCUUGGAUUGCUGCCCAGCUUUAUUCAGCCGACUUCGCUGCUCGUCGGCAGCUUGAUCCUUCGCCUGAAAGCCAAGGAAGUUCGGGACUUCUCCGAUCCAGAGGUUGCAGCGGCAGCCAAAGAGCUUCGCGAUGCACUGAAUGCCGGUGACAAUCCCUUGGGUGUUGCAGCACCCCAGUUCGGCAAGAACAUCCGAGUGGUGGCCAUAGGCGAAUCAGAAGAAGCAAUCGAGCGCCUGUCCACCCGCGCCCGCAUCAGCGAGGAGCACCGACCCCUCAAGCCGACGGUGCUGGUGAAUCCGGUUGUGACGCCCAAAGCAGGCAGCUCCGUGGCCUUCUUCUGGGAGCGGUGGGCCCGGCGACAGCUUGAAGCCUCCGACGCGGAGCUUCGGUUUUCGGGGGAGAAGCGCAUGAAAAUGAUAUGCUUUAACGAGCUCGCGCUGACAUGCGACAGAAUGGUGUCGCAGAAGGUGCUGCGGAAGCAUAGGCUGCGCUGUGACGCCAACUCCAUCUCGGAUUCCAUCCCGCAUGUGGUGGAAGAUAAUGCUCCUUCCUGGUCAGACCUUCAGGCCUCACUUGAAGAGCAGUCCACACGGGAGGAGAAGGAAUUCCGACCGAAGCUGUCAAAAGGACAGGUGCCGAAUGCAAUGGCCAACCUCCGCGUCUUCGACAAGGAUUCAGAGUCGGCAAAGCGCGUGACUCUCUACCGGGAUUCUGCGUCCUGGUGCCCAUACUGCCACAAGGUGUGGAUGUUGCUUGAAGAGAAGCAGAUUCCGUACAAUGUCAAGAGAGUCAACAUGGCCUGCUAUGGGAACAAGCCACCGGACUUCCUCGCACUUCAGCCGAACGGCCAGAUCCCGGUGGCCGUGAUCGACGGCGAAGUGCUGAGGUCAUCUGAUGCCAUCAUCGACCGUAUUCUGCACAUGAAAGGGCAGAGCUCGGAGGUUGAUCAGGCCUUGGACCCCUUCGACGAUCCGCAGAGCACGAACCUGCUUCGCCUGGAGCGCCAGCUCUUUUCGGCCUGGCUGGGUUGGCUUUGUCGUGGUGGCGGGCGGCCGGACUUCGAGCGCACCCUGCAGAAGGUAGAAGACACGUUGAGUUCGAGAAGCAGUGGCCCGUACUUUCUUGGCGACCGCUUCUCGCUGGUCGACAUCAUGUAUGCUCCCUUCAUUGAGCGAGCUGUUGCUUCGCUGGCAUACUUCAAGGGCUACAACAUUCGGGACGCGGCGGCCUUUCCAGCAAUCAGCGCCUGGUUUGAUGCCAUGGAAUCGCGGGCCAGCUACAGGGCCGCCAAGUCCGACUACUACACCCACGCGCAUGACUUGCCUCCGCAACUGGGAGGCUGCAACGCAGAAAGUGGCGGCAAGGCAGCCCGCGAAGACAUUGACGGCCGUGCCUGGAAGCUCCCUCUGGAGGCGGACGUCAUUGAGCCCGAGUGGUCGUGGAUUUCCUCGGCCGAGGCUCGUCGCGAAGCAGCAGAGCGGUUGAUCAACAACCACGAGGCUGUGGCUCGCUUUGCCUCGCGCGCGCGGUCUGGACCUGGAUUUCCACCUGCAUGGGCUGAGCUGUCCGACCCCAAUGCGAAGCCCGCAGAGAAGUGGGUCUCCACCGUGGACCUGUUUCUCCGUCACGCCGUGGAUAUGCUGUUGGCUGGCGAUGCCGCAGCUGCCGACCGCGAUGAUGCUGAUCCCAAGCGCUCGGCCGCAUGGGAGGCUGCCCAGAAGAGCAUGCAGUCUCUGAAGGGCGACGAUCGAAGUGACCUUGCAGACUGUCUGCGCUACCUGCAACAGCGAAUAGGAGUUCCGCGCGACAUGUCCCUCAACGCAGCGAGACGCCUGCGCGGGGAGCUGGGGAAGAUGAUCGCAGCGCUGUAA